AUGCCGCUAGAAGUGGUAAACAAAUAAAAUAUGGAAAAGCAAACGAAUUUAGAAACAAGUUCUGAAAUGUCUACCGCCGCUGUUGUAGACCCGUUCAGCAAUCAAGAAUAUCUUCAAAGAAAGCUUUAUUUUUUACUGGAACAUCUGAAGAAAAUGCACAGCGAUCUGCCAGAGCAAUAUCAGAUGAGAAUAUCUUACGACCUAUUAGCUGGCCUUGCCAACUCUUUGCUAAAUGAUACGAUCUUCGAAAUCGUGAAAGGGUUAAUGGAGAUUCAGCACGUAACCGAGGCUCAUUUGAUGCAAGUUCGAGAGAAGGUUGAGAAUGACCAUCAAUUGGAAGUAAAACAAUGGGAGUCAAAAAUACAGGAUCCCGAAGAACUGGAACACAUCAUUGCACUAAUGAAAAUUAAACAUGGGAAAAAUUUGAAAGAAACUGACAUGAAACUGGUACUGCAUCUAGACCAAAAAGUGAAGGAUCAGCAAUCCACUCUUGAGAAGGCAGGAGUGCCCGGAUUCUAUGUGACAGACAACCCGAAGGAAAUCAAUAUCCAGAUGUAUUUAUUAGACUUCAUUCUUCGACUCAGCAGACUCAAGUUUGAGUCGCACAAAUAGCAUUCAGAGGAACGUGAAUAAUUGAUGGCCGUUGCUGAAAUCAACCAGAUCACAGCUGCUGCCAAUGCGCUAUGAGCGUAUUCAUAUCUCUUCUGACCGUCUUCAUAUUGGUGGCUGUAGCGGUCGCUUUGGGAAUAUACUUUGGUUUGCUGAACGUCCAUGAUACAGCUCCGGAUGUGUCCAACUUUGUCCACAAAACUGGCGAUUCAAUUAAGGAUGGCAUUAAGAAUACGUUCAAUUAAUG